CACUCCUCUUGCUAAAGAAGGAAACAAACAUCCAUCCAGCAGAAGAAGAAGAAGGGGACGGGAGACGGAGAGAGGAAGGAGGAAAAGGCAGGAGGCCUAGGAAGGGACGUUUAAACCCGUCUAAAUCCGCCUGACUGAGAGGACGACGACACAGAAACGCUGCCACAGAGACGGGAAAAAAAAAAAGAAACUCCACAUAAUAACUUCGACCUUUUCUGACAAAGACAACCGCUUUUCCUGUCUUCUCGCGAGAAACCCAUCGAUUUUCAGCAGCAAUGGCUCAAGAGACGAACCAGAGCCCCGUCCCCAUGCUUUGUGCCACAGGCUGUGGUUUCUAUGGCAACCCAAGAACCAAUGGCAUGUGCUCUGUUUGCUACAAGGAACACCUGACGCGACAGCAGAGCAGCGAUCGCAUGAGCCCCAUGAGCCCAAUGGGCUCCACUGCUAGUCCUACCUCAGAGGCCUCAGCCAUCCAGAGACUAGAAGCCAGUCUAGCUAAGGUUGACGCCUCCCCUGCCUCCUCACCAGACAUGUCUAGCAGGACUGUUCAAGGAUCUCUUCCUGUAACCCAACAGAUGACAGAGAUGAGCAUCUCCAGAGAGGAGAAGCCUGAACUCCUAGAGCCUGUUGUAAGCCAGCCUGCUGCUUCUAGUCCUUCUCCUGUAGCUUCUCCCAGCACUGAAGAAGGCAAGGGUGAAACCCCCAAACCCAAGAAAAACCGAUGCUUCAUGUGUCGCAAAAGAGUGGGCCUUACAGGGUUCGACUGUCGCUGUGGUAACCUGUUCUGUGGCAUCCAUCGAUACUCCGACAAGCACAACUGUCCCUACGAUUACAAGGCCGAGGCUGCCGCCAAGAUCCGCAAAGAGAAUCCCGUGGUUGUGGCUGACAAGAUCCAGAGAAUAUAGAUGGGGGGGGGGGGGGGAAUGGUGUUGGGAAUGAGGAAACAUCUUGCGAAAGCCUGGAGAAUGAGUGAAGACCUUUGACAUGAGUGCGAGUGGCUAAAUCAAAAGGACUCGAUUCGCAAAAAUGAUGAAAAAAAAAAAAUCGAAAGACCCUACCUGAGGGAGAUGCAUGAAUGAUCACUUUUUUUUAUUUUCAUUAAUUCUUUAGAUUGUUUUAAUCUUGUUUUCUGUGGUGUGAAUUUGCCGCCGUUGAGUCCUUUUCCUUUUUUGUUUUCUUUUUUUAAUGUGUUUUAUUAAGAGCAGACCAGGCACGAUGUCCAUGAUAUGCUGUGCUCUCUUCACCAAAACAAGGUUGUCCUUUUUGUGCCAAACAGCCAUUUUUACUAAACCCUCAAAGCAUUCAGAUUACAGAGAAAAGGAAAUCUGCCCGCCUUGUCCUUUAAUCCUAAAGAAGAAACUUAAGCAUCACUCUUGAAUAGGAGGAUUUUUUUUUUUUUUACCGUAUUUCUCCUAGCUUUACCUACCUCAGAGCUGCUGUGUUGUCUUCCCUUCUAUCUGAAUCCCUGAUUGAACCUCCAAUCAGCUCACCUGUGUUCAAUUUCAUAGUUUGGUUUUUCAUAAAACACACAAAGAUCCCCACUCUUCAACCAAAUCUGAACAACAAACCCGACUUGGAAAAAUGGUCCCAGAUCUGAUUAUAAUCGAUCGACUGGUGCCGGGGCUGAGCGCUAAUGAUCGGCCUGAGAGGGCAGACGCCGGCACCCGUUCCUGAUGUUCCGGGUGCACAAAUUUCAAAUGUUGCAAGGGGCAUAAAUGAAUGGAAUAAAUGCAUGAGUUGCUCUUCAUCUUCUUUAGUGUUUCAGAAAUAUCACUCGCCUUAGGGAUUUUUGGGGGCGUUUUAUUUCCAGAGACAAUUAUCUGAUUUUUAUUUUAUCCAUUUCUUUUUUCCUUCUUCCAUUGUACUGAUGUUGGCGCAUGGACUUAGUGCAUUUGUGGAUUUUUCCCUCUUUUUUUUUUGCGCUAACACAACAGUCAUGUGAGCACAGUGUGUGUGUGUUAUUACGUGGGUGUGUCCCUCUUCCUCCUGUCCUUUUUAGCUGUGGAGCUACCCGGUUUAUCAGCACAUGUUUACAGAAGUACAGGAGCAUGCCAGAGCUAGAUUAAUGAAAAAUAAUAGAAACUGAGAUUAGAUGUAACUUCUCAUCUGUCAAGCGUUUAUCGAUCUAUAGAGCGCGAGUGUGCAUUUGUGCGUGUGCAUGUGCACUUCCCUGUGCAACAAAAAAAAAAGUGUGUUUUCAUGGCUGCCUGACAUGAAUGUUUGUGACUUGUUACUUUUCCCCCCAGUGUGGAUGCUUUUCAUUGAAAUAACUGAGUUUUUCUUUUCUUUCUUUUUUUUGAUUCUUAGUUAUAUGCAAAUUUGUACAAAAAAGUGAAAAAAAAAAACAAACAACAAACUGUGUUGAUAUUUAUGUAUUGCAUAUAAUCUUGCUAUCCAGCAUUACAACAGAAUAGUAUCAUGUAAAUAAAACUGUACAGAGAGACAUAA